ACAAGUGCCUCUGGACGGCCGGCGUUAAGAGACUCUUCCAGCCACACUGGGGAAAUUAUUUUCGGAGUAAGCAGCUCUCAUCAGUCAGCGCCAUGAAUUUAAAUGACUUUGUGGUCGUUCCCAACAAGCCCAAGUCGGUGAAGUUAAAUGUCAGGAACCUGCGGGAGCUGCGAAUGGAGACGGUUCAGCUGGACCAGGAGAACAUUGACAUGGAGAACAGACUGAAGGAGCUCAGAGAGAUCAUGAGCCGCGAGAAAGAGGAGAGAGAGAAGUCUGGUGCUUUCCGCUGGACGUCUGCCCAGGCCAACAGCGGGACGCGGAGUAAGGAGAAAGGAGUCAAACUUUCUGCUGGCAAGAUGAAGAUAAGAGUGCUGAAGGAUGAGUCUCUGCCAGAAGCUCAAAGACCACCUGAAAAAGUGCCAGGGCCCCCACCCAGAGACCCAGGGCACAGCAGGAAGCCCAGACUCAAGGGCAAAGUUUGUGGUCAGUGUGAAGCCAGAACAGCUGGACUGGUGUGCGCUGAAUGCGGAGAGGAUUACUGCGUCGGCUGCUUCGCCAGAUUUCACCAGAAGGGGGCACUGAAGCACCAUCGGAUGAUUCCCGUGCAGGCGGAGCUGCAGACGUCGGUCAGCAGUCUGGAUGUUCUGAGCCGUUUCCAGAAACAGAUUGGAGAAGAGAGAGAGAUGUCCAGCCAGUCCACUUACAGCACUGCGGUCAGUCCAGCAGCACUAAGGACACACCAGGCGCAGACAUCAGCGGGAUAUCAGGAUACACAAACACACAGCACACAGGUAUUAUUUGUGAACGAGGGCGAGGAAGUGGAGGAUGAUGAGGAUAAAGGCUCUCUGCUGAGUGGCUGCUUUGAUGAAGAAGCUUCAUCCAGGUCUUUUCAGCAGGCGGUGAACGAGUGGAGGGAGAGAAAGCAGGCAGGAGACACAGCGGACGAGAGAGAACCUCAUCAGCCCAACCGCAGGGUACCGGUGACGGUGGAGGUGAUGGGCACUCAGGCUGGAGAGACGACUCAGCAGCCCAUUCAUAUCGAGUUCAGGGAACACAGUCUGAGCUACAUGGAGAAGCUGCUGCUGAAGAAGCACCGCAGAACUCCGCUUGAAUCUUAUCGUCCGCUUCCUGCCCCGACCUCCCCACGGGACCUGCUCAGGCGCUCACCCACACAGCCUGCCGAGGAGCUAACAGGUCUUUUAGCUCCUCUUACACGCCUCCCUGCUGAGGCUCCAGUCCUAAAUGUGACUUUUAAUCAGGCGUAG